AUGGAAGACGAAGAGAGACCUAGGAAGUUCCCAAAAUUAAGUAAUGAUGAGGCACAGAAGGAUUCGGAGCCUACAAUGACUGGAGCUGUGGGAUUUGUUCCCGACGAGGAUGCCGCGCAGUCUGCUACGCAUGACGAUGUCGCAACGACAGCCAAUGGUGAAGAGCCUAAGUCAACAGGCACGCGGCAGGAUGGAGAUGAAAGCAAAGACGAUGCGCCCAAAUUAUCGAAGAAUCAAUUGAAGAAACUUCGUCGCAGAGAAAACUGGGAUGCCCAACGCGAGCAGCGCAGGAUCCUCCGGAAAGAAAAGACUGUCGCGAAGAAGCAACGAAGACGGGAACUUAUGGAUAAAGCAAAGAAGGAGGGUGACAAGGCAGCAGUAGAAGAGCUUCGGCAGACAUGGGCGACCAAUCGGAAAAAGUCAAAGCAAUCGACUCUGCUCCCACUUACCCUGAUUUUUGACUGUGGCUACGAUGACCUGAUGCUCGAGAAGGAGCGGAUUUCCCUGUCGUCACAGCUUACGCGGUCGUACUCGGAUAAUAGAGGCGCACCUUACCGUGCUCAUAUGGUGUUCUCCUCCUUCAAUAAACUGCUCAAGGAGCGCUUCGACACAACGCUAGCAAAAACGCAUCAUAAUUGGAAGGGGAUCCGCUUCAUGGAAGAGGAUUUUGUGCAUGCUGCGGAUCAGGCGAAGGAAUGGAUGACCCAGCCUAAGGGAGGUCAAUUGGCGGGCGUGUUGGCUAACAAGACUGACGCAACACCUGAAGAUGGAGAGAUUGUGUACCUUAGUAGCGACAGCCCAAACACGCUGACGGAGCUGAAGCCGUACAGCACAUAUAUCAUUGGAGGCCUGGUGGACAAGAACCGUCAUAAAGCAAUUUGCUACAAGGCAGCGGUGGAGAAGGGAAUCAAGACCGCUAAAUUGCCUAUUGGGGAGUAUAUUCAAAUGGCCUCGCGCCAAGUAUUGGCCACCAAUCAUGUUGCGGAGAUUAUGAUCCGAUGGCUGGAACUCGGAGAUUGGGGUGAAGCAUUCAUGAAAGUGAUACCUAGGAGAAAGGGCGGCACGCUGAGAGACUCUGAACGAGGCUCUCAAGAUCUAUCUCAAGGCGGCGAUGCCGAAGAAGCUAGUUCGGACGAAGAACCAGAGCCUGCUGUGGGAGAAGAUGCAACGGCUACUUCUAGUGCCGAUCCUUAA